UUGGAUAGUUGAUAAGAAUUGGUAAUGAUGAUGUAUUGAAUGAUUGAUUUGGUAAUGGUAAAUUUUUGGAUGGUUGAUAAAGAGAUUGUUUAGUAAUGUUGCUGUUUUUUGCUUCACUGGUUUCCUGUACAAACUAGACCUGCAGUUAAAGAUUGCAUAUAAUGUCUUGUCUAAAUAGUUGUCAAUACAGGUUUUAGUGUCUGCAACCAUGUGUGUCUCCUAAAUUUUCUAUUGUAAUUGUCAUUGUUUUGUGUAGUAACUGUUACAGUGAUACUAACUGUUGUGGUGUGAUUAAUCUGUUAUUGAACGAUUAUACUCAACAUGUGGGUUCAGUUCAUGCUAACAAAUAUUUAUAUAUAUAUGUUUUAUACAAUGGUAAUGCUACAUUCAUUUCCUUAACCUGAAUUACACCCUUCGAGUAUAUGGUGCUACUAACUAUCAUAGCCAACUGUAUUGUCCUGGCACUAGAGGAACACUUGCCAUCCAAAGACAAGACUCCUCUUGCAUUGCAGCUGGAUGGUACAGAAGUCUAUUUUCUAGGAAUUUUCUGUGUAGAAGCUUUUCUCAAGAUAGUAGCCUUAGGCUUUUGUUUACACAAGAAAUCUUAUUUAAGAAAUAUUUGGAACGUCAUGGAUUUCAUAGUAGUAGUUACUGGUUUUAUUACAAUUUUUGCUUCUUCUGGCGAUGCUGGUACAUUCGAUCUGCGCACUCUGCGUGCAGUUCGUGUUCUUCGGCCUCUAAAGCUGGUCUCUGGAAUUCCCAGUCUCCAGGUAGUUCUGAAGUCUAUUAUUCGAGCUAUGGCUCCACUGUUACAAGUUUGUCUUCUUGUGCUCUUUGCCAUUGUCAUCUUUGCCAUCAUUGGCUUGGAGUUUUAUGUUGGAAUAUUCCACAACGCUUGCUUUAAGAAAACAACACGAACACGUAGUGAGGAUGACAUAGAUACGGGGGAUGAAGAAGAUAUACGACCUUGUAGCUUCCAGUCUGACAGCCAUGGAUUUCGAUGUCAGGCGAAUAUAUCUACAUGUUUAGGUGGCUGGCGUGGGCCCAACGCUGGAAUAACAAGUUUUGAUAAUAUUGGAUAUGCCAUGCUGACUGUGUUUCAGUGUAUAACAAUGGAAGGAUGGACCAAUGUCAUGUAUUACACAAAUGAUGCAUUAGGAAGUACUUUCAACUUUUUAUACUUCAUUCCCCUCAUUAUACUGGGCUCAUUCUUCAUGCUCAAUCUAGUUUUAGGUGUGCUUAGUGGUGAAUUUGCCAAAGAGAGAGAAAGAGUAGAAAACCGCAGAGCCUUUUUUAAACUUCGCAGGCAGCAACAAAUUGAAAGAGAGUUGAAUGGAUAUCUGGAGUGGAUCUGUAAAGCUGAGGAGGUAAUACUGAGUGAAGAGAGAACAACAGAUGAAGAGAAAUUGAAAAUUAUAGAAGCUCGAAGGCAGGCAGCAGCAAGGAAAAUGAAACUGUUAAAAGCAGAAGAGAAUGAAAAUGAUAAUGAACAUAAUGACAAUGAUUUACUAGCAUCAAUGACGCCAGGUAAUUCAUUUGGAAAAAGUAUAAAAAAGCGUCCAAUGAAUGGCAGGUGUUCUUCCUUCUGGCAGGCAGAGAAAAGGUUACGUUACUCUAUUCGACGCCUGAUCAAAAGUCAGUUGUUUUAUUGGAUAGUCAUAGUCCUAGUUUUUCUGAACACUGUGUCAGUAGCUUCAGAACAUUACAACCAACCAGACUGGCACACACAAUUUUUGUAUAUAACAGAAUAUGCUUUUUUAGGUCUAUUUAUAUUUGAGAUGUCUAUCAAAAUGUAUGCUCUGGGGGUAAGGAUCUACUUUCAGUCGUCUUUCAACAUUUUUGAUUGUGUGGUUAUUGUUGGUAGUAUAGUAGAAGUAAUUUGGUCAGAGUUUAAAAAAGGAUCAUCAUUUGGUAUUAGUGUCUUGAGAGCUCUUCGAUUGCUUAGAAUAUUCAAAGUCACUAGAUAUUGGUCAUCAUUGAGAAACCUAGUCAUCUCUUUGCUCAGCAGUAUGAGAUCAAUCCUCAGUCUUUUGUUUCUGCUCUUUCUUUUUAUCAUUGUCUUUGCCCUAUUGGGCAUGCAGCUGUUUGGCGGAGAAAUGAAUUUUGAAGAAGGCCGACCGUCUGCUCAUUUUGACACAUUCCCAAUAGCUUUGCUCACAGUAUUUCAGAUCCUGACUGGUGAAGAUUGGAAUGAAGUGAUGUACAAUGGGAUCAAGGCUCAUGGCGGCAUAGAGAAAGAAGGAAUGUUUUUUUCUUUGUAUUUCAUUGUGCUUGUGCUUUUUGGAAACUACACUCUGCUGAAUGUGUUUUUGGCCAUUGCUGUGGACAAUCUGGCUAAUGCCCAGGAGUUAACUGCGGCUGAAGAGGAACAGGAAGCAGAAGAAGCAGUAAGACGUGAAGAGCUUGAGAAAGAAAUGGCUGAACAGUUUGCUGCUCAAGGGAGGCCACCUUUAGUGAACAUCUGCCCUCCGUCUCCUCAAAAUAACGAGGAAAACAAGACGGCAAAUUUCAACUACACUGGCAACAGAGUGGACAUUAACCUGAGUCAGAAUAACCUGAAGGACAAUCGUGACAAGAAGAUCACAGUGGCUACUGUAGUUGACGCUGGCAUUAAGACCUCCUCUGUAACAAUGCCACUUGCUAAUAACACUGAGGAUGAUAUGUCAGAUACAGCCAGUACCACAAGUAGUGGCACAGCUGAUGUUCCACCUAGAGUCACUAGUCAAACAGAAAAUGGAGGUUUUACUGGACCCAAACCUAUGUUGCCUUAUAGUUCUAUGUUUAUUUUUGGUCCCACCAAUCCAAUUCGUCGUUUCUGUCAUUUUGUGGUCAACUUGCGCUACUUUGACCUGUUCAUCAUGAUAGUCAUUUGUGCCAGUUCUGUGGCACUUGCUGCAGAGGAUCCUGUUUUUGAAGAAUCCUACAAAAAUAAAAUUCUCAACUAUUUUGAUUUUGUCUUUACUGGAGUCUUUACCAUUGAAUUAGUUUUAAAGGCUGUUGACUUAGGGAUCAUUCUUCACCCUGGCUCUUACAUUCGUGACCUGUGGAACAUUCUGGAUGCAACUGUGGUUAUUUGUGCUCUGGUGGCUUUUGUUUUUAAUGAUAGCGCCGGUAAAAAUUUGAACACAAUCAAAUCACUUCGAGUCCUGAGAGUUUUGAGACCAUUGAAGACUAUUAAUAGGGUCCCUAAAUUGAAGGCUGUGUUUGACUGUGUGGUCAACUCGCUGAAGAAUGUCUCCAACAUCCUAAUUGUCUACAUUCUCUUCCAAUUUAUUUUUGCUGUCAUUGCUGUCCAGUUAUUUAAAGGCAGAUUUUUCUACUGCACAGACGAGUCCAAGUCAACAAGAGAAGAGUGUCAGGGCCAGUUCUUUGAGUAUGGUGUCCAGUCUAACCAACCUACAGUCAAAGACAGGGAGUGGUUACGGCAGGACUUUCAUUAUGACAACAUUAUGAUGGCAAUGUUAACAUUGUUUACUGUCACUACUGGAGAAGGAUGGCCCAGUGUGUUGAAACAUUCUAUGGAUUCCACAUCAGAAGAUCAUGGCCCCAAGCCAGUGCAUCGUAUGGAAAUGUCUUUAUUCUACGUGGUCUUCUUCAUUGUCUUCCCAUUUUUCUUUGUGAACAUCUUUGUUGCCCUGAUCAUCAUCACCUUCCAAGAACAAGGAGAGAAUGAGCUGAUGGAUCAGGAAAUGGAUAAGAACCAGAAACAAUGUAUAGACUUUGCCAUCAACGCCAAGCCACACUGCCGAUUUAUUCCCAAGAACAAAAAUUCUGUCAAGUAUAAAAUUUGGCAGCUGGUUCAGUCCACCAAGUUUGAGUAUUUCAUCAUGACCUUGAUUGCUCUAAAUACUGUGGUUUUGAUGAUGAAGUUUGAGGCUCCUACAAAGGUAAAUGGAAAUGAGAUGGGUUUAAUUCUUCAGUGGAUUAAUAUAACCUUCACCUCGCUCUAUACAAUUGAGUUUCUACUCAAGUUGUGCGCCUAUGGAAAGAAUUAUUUUUAUGAUCCCUGGAAUGUUUUUGAUUUUACCACAGUAAUUGGAAGUAUUAUAGAUGUCAUUAUUACAGAGAUUUUGACAAAAAAUGUUAGCUUUGGUUUUUUCCGCUUAUUUCGAGCUGCUAGACUAGUGAAACUAUUACGCCAGGGGUACACCAUUCGCUUACUGCUGUGGACUUUCUUCCAGUCAUUUAAGGCCUUGCCAUAUGUUUGUCUUUUGAUUCUAAUGCUGUUUUUUAUCUAUGCCAUUAUUGGUAUGCAGGUGUUUGGUACCAUAAGGUUAGACUCAAAGACCUCUAUCAAUCGUCACAACAAUUUUCGCACAUUUUUUGCUGCUCUCACUCUACUGUUUAGGUGUGCCACUGGAGAAGGUUGGCAACAGAUCAUGCAGUCCUGUCUUGCUGGGCGGCCCUGUGACCCUGAAUCUAUAGGACCCACUGAUCCAGCAGACAUGGCAGAAUCAGGCUGUGGCACUAACAUUGCUUAUAUUUAUUUUGUCUCCUUUAUUUUUCUUUGUUCAUUUUUGAUGCUGAAUCUGUUUGUUGCUGUCAUUAUGGAUAACUUUGAUUACUUGACCAGAGAUUCCUCUAUAUUAGGACCACAUCAUCUAGAUGAGUAUGUCAGAGUCUGGUCUAUAUAUGAUCCUAAAGCCUCUGGUAGGAUCCACUAUACAGAUAUGUAUGAAAUGUUGAGAAAUAUGGAGCCUCCAGUUGGGUUUGGCAAGAAAUGUCCUUACAAAUUAGCUUACAGAAAAUUGAUCCGCAUGAACAUGCCAGUAGCUGAAGAUGGGACAGUUCAUUUUACAACUACUUUGUUUGCCUUGAUUAGAGAAUGUCUAAUUAUCAAAAUGGGACCAGCUGAAAUAAUGGACAGAAGGGAUGAUGAGAUGAGAGAGACUAUCAGAAAACUUUGGCCAGUCCAGGGGAAAAAGAUGAUGGAUUUGUUGAUGCCACCUAGUGAUGAGCUAGAUGAAGGUAAAAUGUCUGUAGGUAAAAUCUAUGCAGGAUUACUAAUAUCAGAAAACUGGAAGGCUUACAAAGCAAGUCAGAAUGCAUCCAAUAACUUUAAAAUGAGACGUGAAGAAAAGCGACCAUCAUUGUUCCGUCGUCUGAUGGGUGGAAUGAAGUCGUCUGGAAGAUCCAGUCAGUCAUUGGACUCAGAGCAUUCAGAUGAUAAUGAUGGGGGAGGUGGGGGAGGGAACAUUGCUGGUGCUGCUAGUAACACUGGACACAGUUUCCUCCGACGCAACAGUAGUAAGCGACGCAAGGAAAGCGACCAGAAAGACAACUCCAAUGCUCAGCCUGGCGCAGAUUUUUCUGGGGGACUUCGUCCUGAACAUGCAUCCUCAUUUAUAGGAAGAGGCGAUCGUUCAGGUGCUAGAUCUCCAUCUCUGCCAACGACACCGAUGUCACCCCGGUCACCAAUGGGGGCAGCUAGUCCCUUUGGCUCUCCAAGGGCUUCACCGGUACCAACAAGACGCUCCCAGUCCCCCAGGAAAUUUGACGUUGGAUUUGCUGCUGCAGUAACCAACUUGUGUGAACAGGCUCACAGCAUUGCAGAUCAGGACAGGCAGAAAAGAUUUGGUAUGAAAGAAGAUAGUAUAACUUCAUCAUCUCCAACGUUUCGAGGAAGAUCCAGGCAGAGGUCACGGCCACCCCUUCAGAGUCAGUCUCCAGUGCUGGGUUCACCUCUACCAAGUCCUGGCUUGCCACGAUUAAGAAAUAUGGGAGAUUCUGGUUUCUACAGGUCUACAUCAUUAGAGACCAGAUCUAGAAGCCCUUCUCCUAAUUUGACUGCAUCUCCUCCACUAAGAAGUGGCUCUACUAGUCUGAUCCAGAGGUCAAGGUCACCUUCUCCCUCUAUGAUAGCAGCCAGUCCUCCAAUGAUUAACCGACAGCAUCGUCGGUUGCCAAUGGCUCCAUCCUCCACUAGCAGUAGUGGAAGUGGAACAACUACAACUACUUCACCAGCGAAACCUGUGACCUUGAACCUCUCUGAGCCUCGCUAUAGAAACAAUAUAGCUAUCAAAGACACAUUACCUGUUAGGGGUGCCAUAUCUCCUCCAGGAAGAGGUAAUAUAAAUUUUCCAAGACUCAAUGCAUCUCCUACUCAUGUUCCCAAGUUAAACAUCCCAGUCUCUGCGACUUCUUCUGGUACUGCUGUAGCCCCCAUCCCACCUCAUCAUGUGCGACAUGCGCCACCGCCUGGCCGACUAAGUAGACCUGAGCCCUACAGUCCAACAGAGAGAAACAAUUUAAACAAACCCUCAGAACCUUCUCCUUCUAGAUCUAGUACAUUGCCGUCAGCUCACAGAACUAGCGGUUACCCUCAUGAAGAAUGGGGCAGCCGAGAGCGAUUGAAUGAAGGAGGCAGGGACUCUCGGUCUUUACCACAGCCAUCAGUCAGGUCUUCCUCUAGGUCACCUGACCCACGAAGUGGUGGUCAGCAUGAAGAUAACUUUAUGUCAGCCAGUCAGGCUGAAGGGAACUCUCCGCACUCAAGGGGUAGAAUUGUACCUAAUGGUUUUAAGCACAGAGGGCGUAAGCCUGAAAAGUAUGAAAUGAGAAGUGACAGUCAUACAGCCUUACACGAAGAUUCUGAUGAGGAUGAUGAUGACUGGUGCUGACCAGACAAGUUGAGCAUUUCAUUUUCUUUUUCAACAUCAUUAUCAAAAGGGAUUGUACUUGCAUUGUAUCUGUCUAUACAUAUAAUUACACAUGUAUUAUAAAUUAUUCUUAUGCAGCAGUUUACGGAGUAAAAAAAACAAAAACAUUAUUUCACUUUUUAUGCUUUUGAAAAUCAAGACAGUGAUGAAAUAGAAUCUCGAUUCUUUAUCUUAAAAGGAUGCUCCACAUUUUGCAUCAUUGUUGUUGUUUUUUUUCAUUCAAUGCCAUUCCUUAUCAAUUAUGUUAAUUAUAAACAAGAUUUCAUUUGCUUAGCCAUAACUUUUGCUUUGAAUAAGUUCCAGUAUCAGAGCUGAAGUCUAUAGCUCAAAAGACAGAAGCUGUAAGCAAGAGGAACAAAGUUUUCUGAGAUCUAUAAGAAAACAAAAUAAUAAAGGAGUACUAAUAACAGAAUCUCUUUUCAAUCAAAUAGAUGCAACCAAAAUAUAAUUGUAGAUGCUUUUGAAUUUUCAUGUUGCUUAGAUAUUUCUGAAAUUGUACACAAUUUGAAUGUUUCUAUUGACUCAAUGCUAGACAUUUAGUUCUGACUUGUGAGUUUUUUAGUGUGAGACUGUAACAUAGUUUUAGGUUGUUGUUUUUGGGCUGUAGUUUUAUGUUUCAUUCAGUUCCUACUAUUAACUAAAAGUCUCCUUAUAUGGAUGGAAGGUGGGUGGAAAAAGCUGGAAGUCUGGAAAUUCCUGUAACUGGAAUCAGAGUUGAUAGAGUGUGUCACUAAUAGCACAGUGUCAUGGGUUUGAUCCCCAUAAUGUUCAAUCUUUUUUAGUUUGAUUGGAUACCAUUCAUACAGAUUCAAUCUGAUUAGAUCAUAUCCGACCAGAUUCAAUCUUUCUUGAUCUUAUUUGAACAUAAAGUAUAUAAAAAUAUUUUUUAAAAUUUUGUUUAUAAAUAAUAGAUGAACAGGAAAAUAAAAAUCUAUGUGUAACUGAAACUUUGAACAACACAAACAUGGGUCUGUUUCCUCUCAGGCUUUCAACUAUUUUCAAGCCUAGAGUGUUUACACAUUUGUUAAAGGAGACAUUCAUUUUAUCAGCUUUUUAGUUGGCAGCAAAGUUGAGUAUUUGCAUUUAAUAGUUGCCAAACUGAGUCUUCUCUACACAGUAGCAUAGGAUAUUGGAAGAGAAGAACAUUUUGUUCAUAGAUUUGUAGAAAUAUUAUUUUCAUAUUGAGAAAUGAUCUGAAAUAUUGAUGGCUGCCUGACAUUCAGACCAUAUCUUGUUGUCAUCUAGAGUUUGUUUACAGAUACUUACAUGUAAUGUUUUGUAAUUGAUGGCUGCCUGAUAUUUAGACCAUAUCUUGUCAUCUGAAGUUUGUUGGCUGAUACUUACAUGUAAUGUUUUAGAGAAUGGGUAAGACAAGCUUGAAAAACUAUAUUGCCAAUAUUUGUAUAUUUUCUCAAUAGAAGAGAUGCUAUAAAAAAAACAGUAGUUUGAUACUCAGACACACAAAUCACACUAGGAAGCUAUUUCUCUACCAAGGUAAAUAGCAAGUGAGACUAAUAUACAUAUUAACCAACUAUCUGUACAGGAUUCCACAGCUCCAGAAACUCUACAGAAGUAAUCAAAUGGCAGAGUCCAAGUUAUUUCAUAUUCUGCCUGCCUCACUACUUAAAAAAAAGGCCAUUGUACUAGUCAAGAGCUUGAAAUUUGACCAGAUUUUCUACUUAGUGACAGAAAAUAUCUCCCUGCAAUGAAAUCAAAUCCAUUCUACAAGAACACUCGACUAGGUCUCCCACAGAUAGACUUCCUGCAAUCCCCUCUAAAUAAUAUUGAAUAAGAUGAAUUAUGUUCAUCAAAUGAUUUCUAGUAAGAAAGUUUAAUUUAAUAUUUUCAUAAUUAUUUCAUUGUAGAUUAUAAAAUAUAUCACCAGUAUUCUCUAAAGUUCCCCAUCAGAUCCAAUGCUAGAAGUAUCUUAGAUAGUGACCAUCCUCAGUAAGUAUUCUGCAUGGUGACAUGUAUGUUCAUGUGCUUCAUUUGGACAUUAGUCACUUAAUUGUUUUAUGGACAUUAUUAAGGCUUGUGCUGUAUAUUUUCUAAAUAACUCAUGCAUUAUCCCAGAAUUCUAUGAUGGCACUUUUGGUCAAAUAUUUUGGCUGUAAUGUUAUCAUGUUGUUCUCCUAAUUCCACUUUAGUUCAAAAACAAAGCUGCCUGGUCAGGUAGUAUGUGCUCUUGACUUUUGUCUCAAUGGUCCCUGGUGCAAUCCCUGUUGUCCUGCAGGUUUGGGCUAGGAUCAAAUCAUGUUUAAUUCUGAAGGAGCAUGAGAAGCAUGCCAAAACAAAACAAAGCAUACCUAUUUUUUAUGCUCCUAACAUAUUUGAAGUCUAUAAAACUUAAGAUGGAUGUUGAUUAGUGCAAGAAAAGCUAGUGUCAUAUUUGUUAAACUUGAUUCAUCUGCCUUUACUAAAGGAUUGUAAUUCUUUUGAGGAUCAUUUCAAAGUCUUCUGCAACAUAUUUGUUUAUAACAUUCCAUACCAUUUUGUUUUGAGUAGUGUAUUUAAAGGCUGAAUCAAAAUGUAUCUUCAAAAUAUUUCUUGAUUGAUUAUUGUAGAUAAAUAGUUCUAAAGUCAAGUUCUUGAAACACCGAAAAGUGAGUAAUGCUAGUUUUAAAGAAGUUCAUCUUCAUCUAUUGUAUUAACAUUUUGUCAUUCUAAAUUUCAAAGCCGAUGUACUGUUGUUACACAAAUCAAAUUGUAUUCAUAUCAUUGAUAUUUACAAACAUUAGCUACAAAUUAUUUUUAGUAUUCUAGGUUUUUAAAAUUAGAUUUUGCUAGCCAAAAAAUGGAAUAAUAUUUUUUGUUUUCUAUUUACUAACCUUUUAUUUAAAGAAUUUUUUUAAAAAAUUUAAACCAUACCAAUAUUUUUAAUUUAUAUAAGAAACUAGUAAUUUUAUUUAAAAAUUUAUAACAAUGCAUAUACAUGAUGCAUAUAUUAUCUUUAGUGUUGAUUACUAUUCAAUAUUUAUAAAAAAAAAACAAUCUCAGCAAAUUGUUUACAUUUUGUAACAUCUUAUUACAGAGAAAAUGUCAAAGUUACUAAGAUUUUAAUAACAACGAUAUGAUUUUGAGAAAAUGUGGUGAAAAAUCUGGCCAACGUAAAAUGUGCGCUUUCAGGGAACAAGCUUAAAAAUAAUCUAUAAAUCUAGUUUGAUUUGUUAAAAUGGCUAAAUUUCAUUGUAAAAAGAAAAUACAUAGAUUUCUAAUAAUCAAUUAUGCUAUAUAUGUAUAUAUCGUAUUUUCCCACAUAUACUCCACAUACGCAUACAACCCGUAGAAGCCUGUCCCUGUUUCAACACGCGAGAUAUAGAGUGCAACAAUACGAGCCUAUGGUCGUAUCUGUAGUAUGCUGUUUAAACAGAAAGACAUUGACCUAGUUAUCUGUUGAUGGUGGAGAAAGAUUUGCUGACCCUACAAUUGGCCUGAUUUUGCAUCGGCAGGUUCUUGUGUAGGCUAUUCAUUCCCAGGGACAUCGGCAGCACAUUUAUUCUUGUAGUUCAAACUUCCUAGCGUAUAGCGUGCAGCAUGUGCAAUUUAAGUGAUGUAUUUAUAAUCAGUACUCACUAGAGUAGAUAUAGCAGAUUGUAAGCCACAAGUUCCUAAAGCUUUCUAGUGUACAUUUGACAACCACACAGCGAACUAUAGGAGGUAUAAAGACACACCUGUGUGUCCGUUGUUUCCGUUAUGCUAUGUUUAUGACAUUCGUUUGUAAAAACAUGUGUAGCCUGUGGGUUAUAUGUGCGAAAAUACUCUAAUGCUAGUUUAUUGUAUCACAUUGUGAAGAUGAACAUAAAAUUGUUAACAAAUUUAAUAAGUAUUUUGUAAUAUUUAUUUUGUUUUUUUUAUCAUGAAUUUAAAAAAAAAAUUUAGUCAUGAUUUUAUUUAUUUUUUAAGUAAACACAGAAAUAUGUCACUUGAACCCAUUCUGCUCUACAUCUGCUCAAUCAUCUCUCCUUUUUUUCUUUGUAUACUCAGAAAUUUCUGUAUUUUUUUUUUUCUGCUAGUUUUUGAACACUUUUGUUUAUUUAAUUGUUCCAGUACUAGAAGUUCUUAGUUUCUGUAUGUUUGUAUUGAGUUGACUUGUUGUUUGAAACAAUCUUUUUUCUUAACUCUUUCUCUCCUAACUGACGAUACCAUCGUUGAUUCCACUACAAUGUGAUAAAUAAUUACGGAGAGAAAGAGUUAAUUACUUUCAAAAUCAAAUUAUGUUUCAAGGUAUGCCAAAUGUUUAAAAAAAAAUGCUAAAACUAGUAAACAUGUUAAGACAAGUUGGUUUUAUUUCUUUAAAGACAGUCUGUUGUGUACAAACCAGAAGUCAAUAUGUUUCACUCUCUUCAAGAUUUCCUCUCACUCCCUCUUGGAUUUAUUUUUGUUUACAAUUUUGAUAAAAUAUUAUUUUUCAAAUUUAAAGUUUCUUUUCAAGUGGACAUGGUCUUAUUUUUUAUGUUUUAGUGGGGUUUUUUUAAGGGGGGGGGGGUUGUGGCUAGUUUGCUUUUAACAAUGAGAUCAGUACAAUUUUUUUUUUUACACUGAAACCUGAUGACUAUGUGAUAUGUAUGUCUAGAAGUUCUCAUUGUGAUGUAAAUAAGUGUAUAGACUAUGUACAUUAUAUCUCAUUUUAUGUUAGGUUGUCAUGUUCUAGUUAGUGAUAUGAAAUGUACAGCCGACUCGACACUGUAUUGAACUUAAGCAUUACUGAGUCCACAUUUGUGAUGAUGCUUUCUACAUUUUGUGUGAUAGUAGUUGUAGUUGAAAACCAUGGAUCCAACCAAUGCUCAAUUCAUUGUCCAUUGUUUCCUGCUUGUAUUUAUUCAUUCCUAUCAAGUUUUUAUCCAAUAUUCAAUGUUGUCAAACCUGUUUAUUCUACACACACAUUUUAUUGACUAAAUUUGCAACUUAACAUUUCCAGCAUCUUAUAAACACCAUAUUUUUUUUUUAAAUUUUCUUUAUGCUUUAUAAUAUUUAACUUUUUAUGAACAAAUUUUGACACUAAAAUAAUAGUUUAGUGAAUGGUUGUGUUACAGAGUUUUAUAACUUUACUGUACAUAAUAAUUUUUAUUUCACAUAAAAUGUCUUUAAAAAUAUUAGAAUAAGUGCAUAAUGUUUGAAUUAUUACUAGAUAUGGCAAAAAUGUAAGUCUAGAUGAAUAGUCAUGUAAAUUGGGAUAUUUUUAUUUGUAUUUAGAAAUGACUAAUUUAUGGUAAUGUAUUAGAUGGCUUGUUUCAUCAGAGUAAGUAGUGUGCUUACAUUACUUGAUUGCUGUUGCAAUAGCAAUGACUGCUGAAAGACUUAUGUUAUUUGCGGGUUUUGUUACAGGACUGAACUCUAUUGAUGUCUUACAAAAAAGAAAAUGUAUUUAGGUCAUUUGUUAGCUCUUCAUGAAGCAAAGUUAUGAAAAGUUAAUAGUAGUUGCUUGAUUACUUUUUUUUUUACAAAAACAAAAUUUUUGAUUUUUAUUUACAGAACAAUUUAUUUAAAAAUGUCUCAGUUUUUGUUUCAGUUUUUGUUAUUGUGGUCAACAAAUGUCUAGUGUGUGAGCCUUGUAAAUACUUGAUCAUGUAUUCAUGUAAGCUAGACUUACUGUCUAUAUAGACUUACUGUCUUAUCACAACAUUAGGAUCUACUCAAUGUUACUCUCAACAAAAGAACCAGUAUCACUGUCAUUUUGAUGCUUUUCUAAAUUUACACAUCUUUACUGACUUGGGACUAUAUUGCUGCAAUGUUUGAUUCCCCCUAUAUCACUGUCAUGAGUUUAUUGCAUUUUUAUGUUACUGUGUAGCUUCUAACAUAAAGAUGUUAUCGGCUGGGCACAGUUAAUAACUUGGGAUUAUUUUUAGUGUACAUUAUUUAUUACUUGGCAUUUUCAUUUGUGCACAAGUUUCAAACUUGGAGUUUACUUUUGGGAUUAUUCUUUUGUGUACACAUUUUAAAUUUAGAAUUAACUUUUAUGCACAUAGAGAAAAAAAAUUGUUUGUCAUUUGGUUGCAUGCUUAUCAAUUUAAUGGGAUUAUUCUCUGAGCUCAUUGCUGAAACUGAAGGUUUCAUGCCACACUUUCUCCUUUAUUAAUUCUAUGUGCCUUUGUUUGGCUUCCUUCCUUUAGAUCUGAUGGAAUUUAGAUGUCAUUUAGGCAUGUGAGUUCUAGUACAUUUAGAAGUUCUUUCCAUGUUUUAGUUGAUCAUUCUUACAGUAACCUGAAACCAAAGCCUUAUUUCAAAGUGAUGGCCAUCCCAUGACAUUUUAGGAGGGAAGAGGUUUUGGGGUAAAACAUAAUAUUUUGUUUAGUUUAUAGAAAUGAAUACAAAAACAGCAACUCCCUCUAUCUCCACAAGCACACCCUAACAAUGUCAUCUUUGUUCCAAGUAUAGAGAAUGUUAUCUUUGUUCCAAAUAUAGAGAAUGUCAUCGUUGUUCCAAAUAUAAAGAAUGUCAUCUUUGUUCCAAUAUAAUGUUAUCUUUGUUCUAACUAUAGAGUAAGGUAAAUGUAGCUAGGUCACAGAUAGCUUGUAUAAAAAAAAAAAAAAAAAUCCUGUCUUCUGGUAACUUCAUGAUUUUUAAUGUAGCUGGGUUUGGUUCACUUCAUCACUGCAAGAACAUUGAAACUGCACAGAUAAAUCAGUUGACGUAACAGUUACCUCAAUUCUUUGGGUAUGUGAAGAGUUCAGUCAUAAUUCAUUGUGUUUACCACAUAUCUAGUCCAAUGUGAACAAUGCCUUCCUUCCUUCAAUGCUUUUUUUUGUGAAUUACAAGAAAAACAUUUUGUUUUAUUCAGUUUUAUUUUAUUUUUUUUUCUUUGUCCAAAAUAUAGUUUUCUACCUGCCUUCUCUCCCUUGAUCAUAUUAUUUUUGUGUGUAACUUUGAAUAUUUAGAGUUUAUUUUUCCUCCUCACAACUUACCUGUAUUGUGAUUUAUAUUUAGUCCUAUAUCACUAUGUAUGCCUUCGCUCCCUUAAAUUUGGACAUUCAAAUUUAGUUUCUCUUCUCUUUAUUGAUUCACUAUUUCAGACAGAUGCCAAUAAGUCUGCCUUCUCUCCCUUGUGUAUAAAUGCUUGUAUUCACUUCAAUUUGUUUUAACUUCUUCCACAUUGUCAGUGCAUGAACUUGGGCUGUGUGCCAGUGUCAUUAAAUAGGACACGGAGGGGCCCUGCCCAUACCUGUAAAUAUUUUUACUAUGUGAUAUUUUAUUCAUGUUGUGGAUGACUUGUUUGCAGUUGUCUUCUUUCUAUUGGACUUAUUACAAGUGAUGCUAGAAUUCAUAUUCCCAUCAAGCUUCUCAAGUUUCAACAUUCAGUGUGUCUGUGUGUGGAAAAAAACAAACACCAAUAGUGACUGUUGAUUCAUUCCAUUUUUUUCCUUUGCAUUCAUUUUCAAACUCUGACCAAUUCUCUUGUACAAUUUGUUCAGAUUUUUUCUAUAUCAAUGUUCAAUAUUUUUUACUAUUUAAAUAUUUUUUUUUUGUUUCGUUUUUUUUUUCUUGAUAUUUUUUUUUCUAUUUAAUAAAUUAUUGCCUUCAAAACAAAC